AUGUCUGGAAUUGAGAAAAUAAAGAUCGAACAAGCGCUCAAAGUAACCAGAAAGAUGUAUGAAAAUCCGGCAUUUGCUCUAUUUCGCGACCCUGUCGAUCCUGCAACCCCUGGUUAUUAUCAAUCAAUUAAAAAUCCACAAGAUAUUUCUAGUAUCCUCGGUAGACUUGAAAAAGGCCAAUAUCUUUCUUUCGAAAAGUGGAGAGAUGAUGUUAAACAGAUUUUCACUAACUGUAGAAAAUUUAAUGAUCAAUUCGAAGAUCUCGUAGAUUAUGCAAAUCAAUGCCAAGCAAUAUUCGAGAAAUACAUGAAAGAACUUCCACCAUUAACAAUGUCACUAAUGUCUACUGAAAUGCUCUCACAAAUUGAUAAAUUACAAAAAUUAUUCAAAAAUCCACCAAAAGCAAUCAAAGAAAUUCUUCCAAAGGAUAAUAAAUAUACUCAUGAUCAGUUAAACAUGCAGGAUAGCGAUAAAUCCAAAUUAUUGGAAAGAAUAAAUAACUUUUCUUCUCCAGAUGAUAUCCUUAGAGUUACACACAUCAUGGAGUACUUUAAGAUACCUAAGAACUCAGAACACAACGGAAUUAUUAACUACAGCGCUGAUAAACUUACUGAUGAGGUUUAUUGGAAUCUCGGAGCUACAUUCCCUAAAUAG